UGCAAUAUUUCCCGUCGCCAUUUCGAACGUGGUCAAAUUUACGCGUGGCCAUUUCGAACGUGGGCCAAUUAUAUCCACUCGAAACGGACAUAGUGCGAUACGGACACAGUGCGAAGCUGACACGGUGUCAAUCAGACAAUGUGAAGUUCAUAUGUGUUUGCAGAUUUUCAAAACAAUGUACAAGGGUUAGCGAUUCGGACAGGGUGGGUGCGGAAAGGGGGCCAAAGGGCCCCCUUCUAUCCCUCUGUGUGUGUGUGUGUGUGUGUGUGAGUGCGCGCGCGCGCGCAAAGCAUUCUUGGCUCACAUGGAUUUGUUACUGUGUCCGUUUCACCUGCUGUGUUUGUUUAUUACUGUGCGCGUGGGACGCUCCUAAUAGAAAUAUAUUACACCAAAAAUGAAUUGAAACAAUUGUUUGAAUAUUUUCGAUAAGGUAAGUAUCUUUAUGUGUGGCUGUGACACAAGGGUAACGCGCUACUGCUCAUUAGAUCACCUUUUUCCUACAGAUGCAUUUUUUGGAGGAUUUUAUAUUUUAAAUAUGAUACCUUGAGACAGUUUUUGGACAAGUAUGAUAAACAGACACGCUUUAGUACUUGAUUAAAUAAAUUGCCAAACACGUCAAUAGUGUAAAUCCCAUGUAAAAUGUAAACUUUCAAACUGUCAUUUUACAGUAACCACUUGUUUUUUUAGGAAACUACUUAUUGGAUUAAUGAAUCACACCACAAACAACAAAAUCGUGAAAUAUUGUGUUAUUUAGUGAGGGACCAAAAACGGGAGUAAUUCAAUGACACACAAUACAAUUGGACACAUUGCAAUUGCACACCGUGCUAUUGGACACAAUGUUGCACACCGUUCGAUUGGACACGUUGCAUUUGCGCACAGUUACUUUUGGACACAACACAUUUUUGUAAAAUUUUUAAGACACGCACACAUGCAUGUGAAAGGAGGAUUCUGGGUUCGGCUGAGUGAUUUUUGUGACGAUAUUUGAUAUUCUGCCACGCCAUAUUGAAUCUGUCAUUUUGAAUUUCGGGAUCUUGAUAUUGAAACAUUAUUAGCGAUCUCAAAAACUAUUGGAUAAGUAUUUAAUCAGAAGCUGGUUUGACUGAAAAUUCUUCCAUGCCACAGACUCGACUUGUCUCCGGACAGAUGCAUUUUUCAAUCAAUUUGACAGAUUUUCGACAUUUUCCACAGGUCUCCAGAAAAAAAGACUGUUCCACUUGUUAUACUGCUCAUAGAUAUCCAUGGAACUCAAAUUUUAGAUUCCUUUUGUAGUCGGAAAGUCGACCUUUUUUAACAGCCUCCUUUGUUAUUAACUUUGUUAAUUAAACAUUUGUUACAUUGAACACAGUGCAUUUGCGCACAGUCAAGCGGAUCGCAUCUAAAUAUUCUCGCUAAUCCAUGUAUGGUCGUGGACAAAAAGAUUGUCUGACUUUUUGUGUUAAGUUUUGGAACCCACGUCAUCAUGUGUUUAUAUUUAUGUUGUUACAUUCUUAUUACAAGUAUUUGCGGUGACGCAUUAUUAUAGCAACAAAGUCAUGCAUAAGAAUCAUGUAUAUUAAUAAAGUAAGAAUAUAAUAACACAUAUAUACACAUGAUGAGGUAAGUCACAGAGUCGUAUUAGCAUCUUAAGACAUUACUUGAGACGAUCUUAAAAUAAGAUUCGACUAUGAAUACCGGCCUUAGACCGAGUGGGUGCGGGAGGGGGGCCGAAGGCCCUUCUUGCACCUCUCCCCCGCGCGUAUGAGACUCACGUCCCGAAAGACGGACCUUCCUAUUCCUCCUGCGUACCCAAGUCGCAGAAGGUAAGGGUGCUCUCUUUGCUUUUGAGGCUACCUGCUAGGCCGGCAAUACCUCGGGAUGUCGAGAUCGAGGAUCGAAGUUAAAAGGUUUAGGAGCGCAUGCAAAUAAAAUUCUGCUCAACGUAAGGUUUGAUCCUUUUCCUUUAUUUUCUUUCAAUUGUUUAACGAUUGUAAUCGUCGGGGCCUUAUGUUUUUGGUGUAGGGUCGGGUCCAUUAGGGAAUUCAAUAGCUGAUCGAAGGGUCUUGAAAUAAUAAAGGGUCUUUAGGGGCAUACUGUCUAGAACGUCGAUGGUUUGUGAUAGGUCGGCGUUAAAUGUUUGGGAGAUGGGAACGGGAUUGGUCAUUAGUUGUCUGGUUUGGGGAGUCUCGUCAGUCAGGGUUAGUCCAAAUUUGGAAAUGGUUGAAGUGUCUAAUACAAGCUGUAUUUGGGGCGCUGAAUCUAGCAAGUUAAAUAUUCGGGGUACGGUUCCAGAUCUAUGGAACGUAUUAGCCGCAAUAUACGAAAACGAACCCCGAGGUAUUGCUCGUAACGCCUGUAAAAACGCCUCCUUGGCGGCCUCCUGAUUGGUAAAGUUAUCUACAUGGAUGAUGAAAUGGAGAAAACCUUCGUGAGUGAUCUUGAAUUCAAAUGAGAAUAUCUUAUGACCUUACCCUUCUUCAGUAUGAAUUAAGGGAUGAGAGUGUUAAUGGAUGAGCCUGCUAGCCUAAGAGAAAAAGGAGAAAUGUGGGUUAAUGUCAAAUAGAUGAAUAAAAAGGAAAACUUCUAUUGUUGAUUUCUAAUAUUCCUUUAGGAAUUCGCUUAUUAUUAUUAUUAAUUUCAACCGUGUAUGUCCAUACUAUUAACCAGGGUAGGAAGGUUCAACUCAUCUAUGCCGGUCCAUGCUUCCCACAAACAGCGUUUCGGCUUGCGUAAGCGAGUGCGUCUUCGCCGGGGUUUUUCAGCUAUCGCAUGUAAAUCUGAGAACCCGCAGAGAGUGCGACACAGGGGCAAGUCUCACAUUCGGAUGUUUGCCCAGUUUUCGCUAGAUGGGUCAUGGCUAAUGCUUCACAGUUAUUCGCUUUAGCUAACUGUGGACCACAUUUAAUGAGUAGCAAGUCUCACAUUCGGACGCCACUUCGCUAGAGAAAAGAAGAGAGGGAGGAAGAUGGAGAGUGAUUUGGUGAAACAAGGCUUAUGCCCGAUUUCUUCGCGUUUAACUAUAUGGGGUAAUAGCUAACUACCAGUUAAAGAUAACUGGUAGUUAAAAAUGAUUCAGUUCUCUUCGUUAUAAUCUUUGGAUUUUUAUCUUGAGGUUGGAUAAUCUCUGCGCAUGUGAGUUGAAGACGUGACAACGCUGUAAAUUUUGACCAUCAGUUAAUUUCAUGUUGCAAAAAUACAAAUUGGAAAUCUUUUUCGGGUUAAUUGUCUUGUAAAUUAUAAGAUUUUAAUAAUGUGCGAUAGACAUUUUUAUGAAUCUGACUUAACUAAUUUUCAGUAAGAUUUUUUUAAAUUUAUUUCUAGGUUAAAAUAAAGUUUUUAUUUCUCGAUUAUAAUAAAAAUUCGAUAUGACAGAUAAAAAAGUAGUUAAUAAAAGAAGUGCAAAUUUUACAAAAAGUGAAGUGAAUCUUCUAGCAGACUUGAUAUUGCGACGUAAAAAUGUAAUAGAAAAUAAGCGUACUGAUGCUACUACAUGGAAAGACAAAGAUACAGCAUGGGAGGAAAUAACAUCACAGUUUAAUGCUCAAUCUGGAAACUUUCCUCGAAAUGUCAAGUCAAUUCGAGCAAAAAUGAAAAUCUUAAAAAAGAUUUAAGGAAGAAAUGUGCUCGAUUGACUGGAGAACAAAAAAAAACGGGAGGUGGAAGUAAUCCAUGUUUAGGUUUAGGUUUAGGUUUAGGUUUAGGUUUAGGUUUAAAUGUCCAUGAGGAGAAAUUACUGUCGAUAUCUGAAUUUGGAAUGUUGGGUUUGCCACGUAGACAUGGUUGUGAUAAUUUUGGAGCUGUUCCAGACAAUGCUGUUGACGAGGAUGAAGAGAACAUCGAACUUAUUGAUGAUCUUGAUGUAAAUGAAGAGAAUGAAGAGAACAUCGAAUUUAUUGAUGAUCCUGACGUCAGACAAUAUAUUACUAAGAUGUUCGAACCUGAAUAUGUUCAUAAUUCUAGUGAUGAGUUUGAGGACACUGGUGAUAAUGAAGCAGGCAAGAGCAUGCAUAUUUCUAGUCCUACACUCGACAUAAACACUACUACCAGUAAACGAAAAGCACCACUAUCGGAUAAGUUUCUUCAUAGAAAAAAGCAAAAAAAAAUAAGUACAACUAAAACCAUAAGAAACAACACAGCACUACAGACAGAAACUGCUUCACUGAAAAAAAUGUCCUAGAGCUGCAACAACAAUUCUUGCAACAGGAAAUAAAAAUGAGAGCAGAGACUCACAAGCUGAAUACCAAAGUCUUAUCAGUUGAGCUAGAGAUAAAGAAGCUACAGUUACAGAGAUUGUAACAAUGUAAAUAUAUCUAUUAAAAAAUAUAUAAAACAUGUUAUAAAG